AAAAAUAUUUGAUCAGGAGGAAAUAAUAUACCGGGGGAAGAAAACACAAUCUGAGAAGGAAGAACACAAGGAAGGCAAGAAGAUGGAGAACAGAAUACACAAGCGGCUGAUAUCGAAAACAGAGUACCGUAAGCUCCACACGGCUGUGGGGCCGUACGAAUUCUUAGAAGGCAUCUUCCACGGAAUGAUGGGUCACUAUAAUAUGUAUAAGGAUGGAUGGCUGCACCGCGAUGUCAGCGAUGGUAACGUUCUAUUGUUUCCAGUGCCCCAAAUACGAAAGCCUCUAACACGGUUCGAAUGCACCAAGAACUUGACAAAAUGCGUGAGCGUGAGCAAUGACGGUGACCAGGCAAUCAGAUGGCGAGAGCUAGAUCGCGAGCUUGAGCAACGUCGUUCGGGAACACUCCCUUUCAUUUCUAUGCGCUUGCUGAACGCGUGGGAUGAUGAUGAACCCAUACUUCAUACAUUUGCGGAUGACUUGGAAUCUUUCUUCUGGGUGAUACUAUGCGUGUUGUUGAGCAUUGGCGCCGAGCGCAAUAGUUUAACAGUAAAGAGAGAAAAUGGCUUCAUAAAUUACUGGCUGCAGACGAUCCUGGCUCUA